AAAUUGUCAACAACUGCGGGCGAACUCCCAACUGCAAUUGGCGAACUGUUGUCUCUAAGUAUCCUAGACAUAUCGCAAACUAGUGUUUGUGCAGUCCCAACGACAAUCAAUUCUCUCACUCAACUCCAAAAGCUGGAUUUAUCAUUUUGUGAUAAGGUUCAAGAGUUGCCAGAACUUCCCUCAAGUUUGAAUCAUCUACGUGUUAAAUCGGCAUCAUUGCAGUUAGUUCCGAAUCUCAGUAACCUCACGAAUCUAGUGGAUUUGGAACUGUCCACCAACUCUGGACAAGCACUUGCGCAGGCAUCAACUCUUCAAUUGCAAUGGGUUGGGAAGUUAUCUAAGCUGGAGCGGUUGGAGUUGGAUCUUCCGGUGCCGUCAACGUCAACGGAGUUGGGUUGCCUACCUCAACUUAAAAACUCACCUUACCUUGCAUGGAUAGUUUCAACUCGGCGGUCGUUGGACCACAAUUUUCGCACUUGAAAAAUUUGUCCACAUUGCAUCUUUGUCGCUGUCCAUUGAGGGAAAUUCAACUUGAUGGGCUUGAACUAUUGGGAGAUUUGACUGUGACAUACUGCGAGUUUCUCGAGGGAUUGUUAGUUAUUUCAUCAAGCUUGAGAAAGCUCUCUGAAAUAAAAGUUCAAAAAUGCCCAAAGCUACUUCAAAUUCGAUUUCUCAGUACGAUGGAAUCAUUGGAGUGGCUCGAAGUUGGUCACUGCGAAUCCCUAGGAGGGUUGUAUGGUUUAUCAAACUCGAAGAAGCUGAAGUAUUUAGGAUUAAAUAGUUGCCCUGUGCUACGCGUUAUUGAGGGCCUCGAAGAAUUGGAGCUUUUGCAGCACUUGAAUUUCAGUACGUGUCCAUCGUUGAAAGUGUUGACUAAUCUAUCCAACUCAAAGAUACCAAAUGAAUGCUGGAUAUAUGUAACCGCUUGCGAGAAGUUACCAGAUUGCCGUGGUGGCUGUUACGGGGAUUAUAGAGAGGAGAUUCUUGAGUGGAGGAGGAGGGGAUUUAACCAGGAGGGUGCGGCGCGGUUCUUCGAACGUGGCCAACCGCUCAUCGUACAGAUGUUGGAAAAAUUGGAAGUUCCACACGCAUUACGUGAUUAUCGAGAAACUUUCACAGGAUGGAAAUGGACUGGUUACCCGAGUUUGGAGACACUGUAUUUUCACUACUGUCUAAACUUGCGAAAAUGUGACUCCUCUGUUGGGAAGAUGAAACUUCUUACUCAGUUGGACAUUAUUCGGUGUACGAAUCUUCGCACUUUGCCCAGGGAGAUUGGAGGACUUGUGAAUUUGAUGCACUUCUCUAUCAAAAGGUGCUCUCAAGUGGAGAAACUUCCAUACUCUAUAGGGAAAUUAGGAUCAUUGUCUAAGUUGGAUAUAUCAUCAUCAAGAAUUGCAAGUUUACCUAAUUCAAUUGGCAAUGCAAAACAUCUGUCAUUCCUAAAUCUAUCAGGCACACCAAUUGUGGAACUUCCAAUUUCUAUUGGAGAGCUUACACAACUCAAGUUUCUUUCACUCAAAUAUUGUCGAAAUUUGGGGGAGCUUCCAGAAUCAAUAGGCAACUUGACAUCAUUACAGAAGUUGAAUCUUUCAGGGACAAAUGUUGUUGAGUUACCCGAUUCGAUAAAAAAUCUGAAGCAACUGAAGGUGAUGAGGAUGGGAUUUAGUCCAAUAAGGAGGUUACCUGCCAGUAUUGAAAUGUUAGAGAAGUUGGAGGAGCUCUAUGCUGAACAUUGUGAGCAACUUGCAGGCGAAUUUCCAAUUGAAAUUGGCAAACUAUUGUCUCUGAGCAUCCUAGACAUUUCAUAUACCAAUAUUAGUGCAGUGCCAAUGGCAAUCAAUUACCUCACGCGACUCCAAAAGCUGGAUUUAACACAUUGCAAUGAGCUUCAAGAGUUGCCAAAGCUUCCUCGAGUUUGCAUUGUCUACGUGUUCACUCGGCAUCAUUGCGGUUAGUUCCGGAUCUCGGUAACCUCACAAAUCUAGUGGAAAUGCUUUUGUCUAACGGCUUUAGACAAGCACCUGCCCAACCAUUAGACCCAAUGCGAACUAUCCAGUUGCAAUGGCUUGGAAAGUUAUCUAAGUUGGAGAAGUUGAGCUGGGGCCUUUCAGAUUUUCCCAUUUCGUCAACAGAGUUGGGUUGCCUACCUCAACUUAGAGAACUCACUUUAUCUGGCAUGGACAAUUUUGACUCGAUAGUCAUUGGACCACAAUUUUCCAACUUGAAAAAUUUAUCCAUAUUGUGUCUCCAUAGCUCUCCAUUGAGGGAAAUUCAAUUGGAUGGGCUUGAACUAUUGAGAAAUUUAGAUGUGAGAGAAUGUGAGUUUCUCGAGCGAUUGUCAGUUAUUUCAUCAAGCCUAAGGAAGCUCGAUAAAAUGGAAGUUUUAGAUUGCCCAAAGCUACUUGAAAUUCAAUUUCCCAGUACAAUGGAAUCAUUAGAGGAACUUGGCGUUGGGAACUGUGAUUCCUUGGGAGGGUUGCGCGGUUUAUCAAACUCGAAGAAGAUGAAGGCUUUGCAGAUCUACCAAUGCAAUGGGCUACAGGUUGUUGAGGGCCUUGAGGAAUUGGAGCUUUUGGGUUUUUUGUAUGUUUCCAGGUGUGGAUCAUUGGAAAGGUUGACUGAUGUAUCCGACUCAAAGAUACCAAAUGAAUGCAUGAUAGAAGUAUGGGGUUGCAUGAAACUAAGUAGUUAUGAGGGCACUUACCGGGAUUAUAAAGAGAUGAUUCUUGUCGGGAUGAGAAUGACAUUCAACGAGGAGGAUGAAAUGGAGGAGAACGACCGCAUUGAUUUUUCCACGGGCAUAUUAGAAUGUAUCUGCAAUCCCUUAUCGUUUUUUCAAGGGAGGAGUCUUCGGAGGCAGACAUGAUGAGUAAAUUGUCUUGCGGGAUAAUGCAGACGUGGAGUCAGGAAAAAUUGAAUUGAUCUCUAUGCAUUUUGGUUAAGGGUACAAAAACUAUUGAUGACUCCAAGAGAAUGCUUGCACUCUUUUUGAUAAACUCAAGUGCACAGAGGUCGAGGGACGAGUUUCCUGGAAGCAGGAAUGCAGUUUGCAUGUGGAUUUACUCUGCUUCGAGGAUUUGCUAACUGUCCAUUCGUUGAGAGGAAGAUGCAGGGGAAACAGAUGCAGAAGAAUCAGUGAUGGAGACCAAUAACUACUAUUCUCAGAACUUGCCAUUGACUAUAGGUUUUCUAUGGUCUCCAGAACCCGAUACUGAGCUCGAUUCUACAAGCUUGAAUAAUUCCCAAGUUCCUCCACGAACCACAUCUUCAGAUGUUUCCAGAAGUUCAUGCUCAAUUCUCUAAGCAAAAUGUGACUGAUUCUAGCAAUGGAGAGAUGGAUGAAUUCACAAUGUGAUCGAGUUUGGGAAUCUGUGAAAUUGCCAGAAGUAAUGGAGUUUGCUCUGAGGACAUGUUCCCCCUCUCCCAGGUCCAUCACAAGAGAAACUUUAUGUGGAUUUGUCCGAGAUGUGGAGGAGACCUCUAGUCCUAUGUGGUACCGAUUGAGUUCCCGGGAAAUGGAUUUUUGGACUCCACUGGAUAAAGCAGGCUUCCGAGGGACUAGUUUUCGGGUUGGUUAUGCUGAAGCUAUGGUGGAAUGGUUUCCAUACGCAAUAAAUGAAGAGCUAGGAAUGACUUGCUGCAUAAUUAAGUAGCUCCUCCUGUUGAUGUUGGGAUGAAGUCCCUUAUGUUUGCAGUAAGAUUGAGCAUGGAAGGGUGCAUAAGCUGCUGCAGCAAAAGUCGACUCUGAUUUGGCAUUUGCCGAGGGCAUUGGUAUGCUUGGCCUUUAAUAACUAGUCUUGUGACUGUUUUGGAUAUUUGGGCAGUCAGUGUUCACGUUCUAGUUGGAGCUAAGGAUGUUGCUUGAGUAGUGUGCUAAUGAUAUUGUUAGGUUGAUAAAUUAUAUUGGGUGGACAAUUUGAUGGAGAUCUUUGAUUAAUCAACUUUGAGGAUGGCAGGUCUCAA